AUGGCAAUCGUCGUGCGCUCGGCUCGUGAUCACGAUGGCUCUGGUCACGACCACCUGCCCCUGACCGAGGGCCUGCCGCUGUCCCUCUUUCACCCCUACCGUACGCUCCCGCCAGCGGGCUUGACGCUUCAGCACGAAGAGGAGGCGUGCGACCCCGAGGAGCGCGCCUGCAAGACCCCAGCGCAUGUGUACGAGGCGCGCUGCGCGGUGUGCAGCGGCACGGGCUGGGCCCGCAACGUGUCCAACGGCCGCCGCGGCAACCUGCACACCUGCGUCGCCUGCCACGGCCUCGGCUACGUACGCCGAACGACGGCCCGGUUCUGCCCCGACGGCCCCGCCCGCAUGGCAAUCGCCCGUGGCCCCUCGCCCCCGCCGCCCAGCAACCAGCCCCCGCUCUUUGAGCCGCGCCGCAAGGCAGCCCCAAAGGUGCAGCAGGCGCCGCCCGCGCCGGCUCCAACGCUGCUGGCUGCCCAGACCCUGGCGCAGCCGGGCCAGCAGGCGCCGCGGGCCGCACCCAAGCAGCCGCAGCAGCCCUUUCCGGUGAAGAAGGCCGCGACGCCGCCGCUGCAGCUGCCGCCACGCGUAACGACGGGGCCGCGCCUGCAGGCAGCGAGCUGA